AUGUCUGCGACCAGCGCCUCUACCUCUUCUCCGGAGGUGACGCCCGCGACUUCUGUGACUUCGGCGCCCGACGCAGACGUGGACACUAUAACAGAGGCCAAGGCAGCGCCUCCGAGCGUGAAGACACCUUAUAAGGCUAAGGAGGCCCUUGACGACAUUCCGGGAGUCGCAUAUGCUCUCGAGACGUUCCUCCAGAGCCGCAUGGUAGAGUGCGAGGAGUACUGCCAUGAAAGCGACCCAAAGAAAGAGCGCUUGUACUUUGCAACGGGAUAUGGCCUCAUACAGUGCGUAAAGGCCCUCAUGUCGUACGAGGACGAGGAUCUCCUUGCGGCUAUUGGACACACCAAACACGGAAACCACAUCGCUCAGCAACAUCGCAAGAAGUCCGCAUCUCUCCCGUUUCGUCUUGCGGGCUAUGUCACCGGCUCAGGACACGGCAUUGGCCAUAUCAUGGCCAUGACCCCCGUCGAGCGCCAUGCGGAGCUCGUGUACGCUGAGAGCCUCUUUGAGAAGGCUAUCCUAGGAAUCGUGUAUUCUGGAGACUGGCUUGCGUUCAUCAAGGAGGCGCUCAAUAUGCGCACGACCUUCAACACCUAUCGCACCCUGGGCAAGUACGUCGAGCACAUGGACGCAGAAGCAAAGAAGCGCGGAGAAGAGUUCGAUGCUUCGCUCGACGAGCACUUCCGCUCAGGCGUCUACCUCGGAGUCGGCCUGAGUAACAUCAUCCUGUCGCUAUUACCGGCACGAAUCAACUCCAUCAUCGAACUCUUCGGCUAUCGAGGUGACCGUAAGCUCGGACUAGACCUUCUCAUGAAAGCCGGCGGCUGGACGAAAGAUUCAAAGGAGCCUUCUGUAUCAAGAGAGGACGAAGGCGUACGAAGGAGCGUAUGCGACAUGGCGCUCAUGAUCUUCCAUCUGGUGCUCUCGUCCUUCACGUCUGAAGGCGUGGACGUCUCAAUGGCGGCGAAGAUCAUCGACUGGAACCUUAAGCGCUACCCCAACGGCGUCUUCUUCCUCUUCGGCGAGGGUCGCGUCUCACUUGUGCGCUCACAACCCCACAGGGCGAUAGAGUGCUAUGAACGUGCGGCAGCAGCGCAAAAUCAGUACCGCAACCUGCACCAUAUCUCGUUCUGGGAGAUCGCAACAGCACAGCUCUCACUCUGGGACAUCCAGGCCAGCUUGGACAAGUGGCGCAUCCUUGCGGAGGAGAGCACUUGGUCUAAAGCGAUCUACACGUACGCCGUCGCAGCGUGUUUGUUGCAGCUGGGCGGCGCAGAAAACGAGAAGGAGGGUCUCGCGCUCAUGGAGAAGGUGCCUGAAAUGCGACAGCGCAUCGCUGGCAAGUCCAUCCCGCUUGAGAAAUUCGUGGCUCGAAAGGCCCGGAAAGCUCAAACGCAGAAGCGCUUAAGCAUGCCUGCACUCGAGUUGGCGUGCAUCUUCGGUGCGAUAGCUCAUGCGCCGCGUGAGAUGAUCCUCGAGCGCAUGCUGCCAGUCGUGGAGGCUGCAUUGGAGGAAUUGGAAGCGUUCGAGAGCGAUCCGGCCAAGCGCCCAGGCUACUGGGACGACUGGUGUCUCGCGCGAUACCUGGAGGGUGUGUGCAUGCGCUUCGUCGCGUAUCCAGAUGCGGAUGCUGUCGUUGAACCCGCGGAGCAGCAGUCCGACCCGAGCGUGGCAGAGGCAGCGACCCGCGGACGGACCGCGUUGGAGGCGGUCUUCGCGAACGGCACGAAGAUCGAACUCGAUCAUUACCUGGUGUACUUCGCGCACUUCGAGUACGGUCGACUGCUUGCGCGCGGCGGUGACAAGGUGAAGGCCAAGGAGCAGCUCGACGCGGUGUUCUCUGGUCGCCAUCUGGAAGUCAACGCUGCUGGCAAGAAGGGGAAGUACUCUCUUGAGAAUGCGUUGCAUCUAAAGACACAAGCGGCGCUCGAGGCACUGCAGACCGGGAGGUUGUUAUGA